AUGGCCGCUCGGAAGCUACAAACCGAAAUUGACCGGACAUUGAAGAAGGUUGCGGAGGGUGUCGAGCUCUUCGAGAGCAUAUACGACAAGAUGCAAGCUUCGACAAAUCAGACACAGAAAGAGAAGUCAGAGCUCGAUCUGAAAACCCAGAUUAAGAAGCUGCAACGGCUGCGCGACCAAAUCAAGACUUGGGUCGCAAGCAAUGACAUCAAGGACAAGACGGCGCUAGUGGAGAACAGGAAAUUGAUUGAGACGCAAAUGGAGAAGUUCAAAGCCUGCGAAAAGGAGAUGAAAACGAAGGCCUUUUCGAAAGAGGGACUAAUACAAGCCGCGAAGCUGGAUCCGAAGGAGCAGGAGAAGGAGGAGGCGAUGCAGUGGGUGAAUCAUCAAGUGGAAGAGCUUCAAAUGCAAGUGGAAUCGGCAGAAGCGGAGCUCGAGUCCCUUCAAGGUGCAGGCAAGAAACGGAAUAAGGCCAGCAAUGCAGGACGACUGGAAGAGCUGGAACACCUCAAUGAGCGACGGAAGUGGCACAUAGGUCGCUUGGAAAUUGUUCUACGAAUGCUCAACAAUGGUUCUUUACCUCUAGAGAAAAUCAACGACCUUAAGGAGGAUGUCAGCUACUUCGUGGAGAGCAACACGGAUGAGGACUUCGAUGAAGACGAAGGAAUAUACGACGAGCUCCACCUUGAUGAAGAAGAGGAGAGAUAUGGUCUGGUGCAGGAUGAAGAUGACAGUGACGAUUCAGAUGGGGCAAGUGAAGAUGUGCCACCACGACCCACGAAGAAACACGAUGAAGAGAGCGUGACGAGCAGUAAACGGGACGACAGCCCAAUACUAAAGAAAGCAAGUGUGUCAUUAAACCUACGGAAGCAAUCUGUGGACACAAAGCCACCACCGAAUCCGAAUUUCGCGCAACAGCCCAUGGCCAGUAUUGUGAAGGCAGGCCUACAACCAGCAUCGCGUCCAACACCCACCGUGCUACCGCCGAUACGAUAUGCUGCAGCCGCAGCCGCAGCCGUAGCACCUCCGCAAUCAGCAUCUUCUGUCGUGGCUGCUGCCACGCCAAUUACUCCUGCGACUGCUGCCUCAUCACAUCCGCCGCCACCUCCACCGACUGCUCCAUCAAUAUCAACUACAAUUGCGACUCUUCAGACUGCUUCACAGGAUCAGAACACCGCGGUUACAUCCUCACCAAGCCUCACUCAGCUUUCAGUGACAAGCCCUAUGCUUUCAUCGGCAGCGUCGGCCUCACAGCAACUCGACGGUUCAUUCUAUUCUGGCCAGGAGUCGCCAGCGUUGUCGGAAGCUGUAUCCGUGAGCAAGGCCGUACCUCUCUCGCCGCACCGUGACAUUCCUUCUCGAAAAGAUUCGACGUCCUCUCCUUUGGUCUCUAAUCAAUCACCGAGUGCUGCACAUGCACUGGCCAACGAAACAAUACCCCAGCCUCCAUCGAAUGGUUCACAAUCUUUGCAAUCACAGGCUGUGCCAGCAUCAGGCCCAUCACCUCUUCCUCGGCAGCUCCAACAGUUCGAUACUUCAAGGACGAAGUCGCCUUUGCCAGGAACGCCACAGACACAACAGCAGCCAAUGUUCCCUCCGGGCGUCAGGGUCCCUCACGCUGAGCAGCAGCAACAGCAACAACAGCAGGCUAUCGGUGCCUCCAUUCCAGGGCAGCAGCCGACUCAACGGCCAUCGUCGACUACACAACAAGUGCCGCAACAUCGUCCUAACGUCCCUGCUGCUUUCCCUGGUUCGUUGUCAGAUUUGGUGGUUUCCUUCGAGAACGUGAAGCAGAAAGCUCUGCGCGCGAAUAACCUUGAGCAAGUGCACAAGAUGCUCGAGGGAGGCUACUCAAAUAUCCCGCAACCUCAAGAUACAGAGAAGCCUAAGUAUUAUGUCCCUCGUAAUCCUUUCCAGACCGCGCCCUACUACCCUCAAGCUCCGCAUGCACUACUUCAAACUCCCGGAAUUUUUUCGCAGCUGGAUGUAGAAACCCUCUUCUGGGUCUUCUACUAUCUUCCUGGAACUUACCCACAAUACCUUGCUGCGAAGGAGUUGAAGCGUCAAUCAUGGCGUUUUCAUGUGAAGUACUUGACGUGGUUCCAGCGUCACUCAGAGCCGCAGGCUAUCACCGAGGAAUAUGAACAAGGAGUCUAUGUGUACUUCGACUGGGAGGGGUCAUGGUGUCAACGGAAGAAGAGCGACUUCCGUUUCGAAUACCGCUACCUCUCCGAGGAUUAG